GCUUCGCUUCGCUCGCAAUGAGGGUUUCGUUGAAUUUCCUGAAUGAAGAGGGCAAGAGAGCUUUGCGAUGACCUAUUCUACGCAUCGAUGAGCCACGGAAAGUCGGAUAAGGAUAAGUUUACUGAGGUAGGGAGCGUUCUUCGAGGUUUCGCCGGUUUGUGUAUCGCGACGAUGCUUGUACAAUGAAAACGGGGGCUGCGUUCAACAUGUAAUGUGCGGCUACAUAUUUUCCCCAGGAACCUUCAUGAGCGUUACUGUAUAGUUUAUAUCUAAUAGUCUCACAUACAGGUCGUUCAGGGCCAGGACAGGCCAGGACAAUAUCGUGCAGCUUAUCAACGAACGGUCCAAUGCUACUCCCUGGUACUCAUUCUAAUAGAAUAAUCAUUUAUGAUGCUCUAGGAUGGUGUCAAUUCUUCAAUACUGCAAUGCUCACCUUUUUAAGUAUUGGAAUCUAUAACAAGCAAACUUUCGAGACUGAAAUAUUCCCGCUACCUUUAGGUAGACUAGAUGUCACCAUCUUUCAAUCCGUCAUAUCAAGAUCUUUUAUUCGGGCUGCAAAUAUCGGCAACUGGCACUGCGAUGUCAUCGUUGCCACCGUUAACUUCGGACUUAGCAAUUUCGGUUACACGUUGCCUCUAGAUUUCAUCGUUCUCGAUGAACUACCCGGUUACGAUGCGAUAUUUGGGCUCGAAUUCCAGCAACGAUGCCAAUCUUCUGAUUGUAACUGGAUAUUUGAUAAUUUGCCUCUUGUGCAGUCGUCACUGGAAGGCCGUAUCCCUCUAUCCUUUUUACCUCCUGUUACUAUUCAACAUCGAUCCACGAAUCAGCGCACAGCACAAGACGUUGUGCCGUCGUAUGCGAGCGCUUCUCAUACUUUCAUUCCACAAGUCAGCCCUGUUGUGAACAAGCUCGGGUUGUCUUCAACAGCCAGUUCAACUCUAUCUGAUUUCCAAAGACACUCAGAAAAUGAACCACGUUCGGGAGGUCUGUUGGUUCCGGAAGGAACAAGUGCCAGAAAUCUGGCUAGCCCGAAUGGGAACUUCCCUCAUAAUGGGUCCAAUAGUCUGAUUACUCGGGAAAAUACCCUUACAGCCUCGACUUCCAAAUGUCACUCUGUCCAUGUAGCACCUCCAACCUCCGAUGAGGUAUUGAAUGCUUGCCUUUUCGGUGACUUCAAAUCAGGUCUCGUUGGCCUGCGUCGGCAGCGUGAAGCAGUAAUCUACCAUAUACUCAAUGCUCAGUGUUUUCAUAAUUCUCAAUCUCAGUCGGCGCCUGCUUGUCGUAUUUUUUGUGGUAGACACACUUCUGUCCCCGAAUUCUUGACAACGAUCGAUGGUGUUAUUGCGAAAUCAAAGGCUGUUUCUAUGUCGGUCGAUAAGCUGAAGCUUAUGUUGGAAGCUUUGAAUAUUCGAGAGGAGAUUCGGCCUAAACAACCGCGCCGUCAAAUGUUGGGUCUGGUACAUAGAUACCUCGUGCGUAUUCAUGGUGCUCACAUCGAGGCUGAUAAAUGUGAAAAUCACAUAUUCAAGGACUUCAAUCAAUUGCGAUUCCCUGUGCUCCUUCAAUACUGUUUGAUGCAUAACCUUGAAGUUAAUGUUACUACUGCAACAUCUGCAGAUCUACUUUCUUCCGAGUCUCAGUGCGCCGGCGGUUGCCGUUCUAUUGCGUCUACGUUCAGUCCGCCUGAAAUCAAUGAAGUCAAACAGUUUGAAUCCACAUCCGAUACUAAGCUUUCUCCAGUUACACUUCGCAGUGUCUUACAGAUUCUAGAAAUACCAUUCAAUCCUGAUGAUAACAAGCGUGUGUAUAAUGAGACUGUUGGUCUUGACCUCGAACAUGUAGAAGUUGAAAAAAAGCUACAAAGUCUACGGACUUCCUGGCCUUCAUUGGUACCUCAAAGUUUAAAAGAGAAGUCGUUAGAACGUUUUCGUGAUUCUACUUCGAGUCACGCCAUGCGGAGAGGCCAGAUAUGCGAAUGA